AUGAUUACGAGAGCAAUGCGACCUUUACGAAUCUAUGCUCUUGUUCCGCACAUUCGAAGGGUCGUAGUCGAGUUAUGCCGAGGAUUUAAGGAGAUUCUUUUGGUAACAAUUUUGCUGAUCGUCCUAAUGUUUAUGUUUGCCAGCUUUGGUGUACAAAUCGUUGGUGGAAAAUUAGCCGCUUGUAAUGAUCCCACAAUUACAGAAAGGAGAAACUGCACAGGCGUUUUUGAGCAGAAAAUAUUUGUUACAAGAAUGGAAGUUUAUGGGAAAAAUGAUGAUAAACUUCAUCCAAAGAUUCUUGUGCCUCGCGUAUGGACCAAUCCUCGCAAUUUCAACUUUGAUCACAUUGGUAACGCUAUGCUCGCCUUAUUUGAGACGUUAUCCUAUAAAGGCUGGAAUGUCAUUCGUGAUAUCCUCUACCUUCGUCAAGGACCGUGGGCUGUGCUUUUCAUUCACAUCUAUGUGUUCAUUGGCUGCAUGAUCGGUCUCACACUUUUUGUGGGAGUUGUCGUAGCGAAUUAUACUGAAAAUAGGGGCACCGCUUUACUCACAGUGGAUCAGCGACGAUGGCACGACUUGAAGGCGAGGUUAAAGAUGGCUCAGCCUCUGCAUGUUCCGCCAAAGCCACCUGAGAGUGCUAAGCUUAGGAGUUACCUUUACGAGUUGACGUUGAGUAAAGGUUUUAAGCAGUUCUUCGCGAUAUUGGUAGUGGUGAACUCGUUCACGCUUGUGGUUCCAUGGAAUGUCGAGGAGGAAAAACAGCGACGGAACGUUCUCUUUGGUCUUACUAUCCUUUCCGCCUUCUGCAAUGUACUCUUCACUAUUGAGAUUAUUUUGAAAGCUGUCGCGUUCACAGUUCGCGGUUUUUGGCAAUCACGACGAAAUCGCGGCGAUUUCCUCAUUACUAUUCUUGGUCUGACAUGGAUAGUUUUUCAUUUCUUAUUUCAAGUGCCUGCUUACAUCGCCGGAGGGAUAAACGAGUGGAAGAGAUUAACCUAUACUUUCGGCUAUAUGGUCGUGAUUCUACGAUUUUUCACCAUUGCUGGGCGGAAAUCUACUUUGAAGAUGCUUAUGUUAACUGUUUUAAUGUCUAUGGUUCGAUCACUAUUCAUUAUUGCUGCAAUGUUCCUUUUGGUGCUAUUCUAUGCCUAUACUGGUGUCAUAUUGUUUGGGAUGGUCAAGUAUGGUCAAGCUGUUAGCAAGCAUGUGAAUUUCCGUAAUGGUCGAGAGGCUCUAGUAGUGCUGUUUCGUUCAGUUACUGGAGAAGAUUGGAAUGACAUCAUGCAUGACUGCAUGCGCUCUCCACCAUUCUGCUAUUGGGCUGAAGGUCUAAACUACUGGGAAACCGAUUGCGGGAACUACUUUGGUGCUAUACUAUACUUCUGCUCUUUCUACCUUAUCAUUACCUACAUCGUUUUGAAUCUACUUGUAGCCAUCAUUAUGGAGAAUUUCUCGCUUUUCUACUCAAGCGAAGAGGAUGCUCUGUUGUCCUAUGCAGACAUAAGAAAUUUCCAGCAAGUAUGGAACAUAGUAGACGUAGAACAAAAGCGAUCAAUCCCCACCCGUCGAGUCAAAUUCCUUCUUCGCUUACUUCGUGGAAGACUUGAGGUGGACCCAAACAAGGAUCGGCUUCUCUUCAAGCACAUGUGCUACGAGAUGGAACGGCUGCAUAACGGCGAGGAUGUUUCUUUUCACGAUGUACUCAAGUAA